AUGGAACACGAACGUUCUUUUCAAAAACAACCAACAAUUUUCUUAAAUAAGAAACAAGGUGCAGGAAAAGCAAGUAAAACAGGUCGUGCUGAACGAUAUACACGCAAUGUUGGCUUAGGUUUCAAAACACCACGAGAAGCUAUUGAAGGUACAUACAUUGAUAAAAAAUGCCCAUUUACUGGCAAUGUAAGCAUUCGUGGUCGUAUCCUUACUGGCACAGUAAUGAAACUUAAGAUGACACGAACCAUUGUUAUUCGUCGAGAUUAUUUGCAUUAUGUUCGUAAAUACAAUCGUUUUGAAAAACGUCACAAAAAUAUGUCCGUACAUUUAAGUCCAUGCUUCCGUGAUGUACAAAUCGGUGACGUCGUUACUAUUGGUGAAUGUCGUCCAUUGUGUAAAACAGUUCGAUUCAAUGUACUCAAGGUCGCUAAAGCAGCCGGUUCAAAGAAACAAUUUCAAAAAUUCUAA